AUGCGUGGAGACGGCCGAAAUGAGCACGCAAUGACACUAAUUGCGGAGACCGCUCCCGAAACAUACCCCUCCCUUGUCCUCUCAGCUGGUGCGUCCGAACUAAGGGAGUGGUUUCCGGUAAAUGUACUGCCCGGGAUUCUGACUGCCCAUAUGGAUGGCAUCAAGGGUGCUUUUGCGGUAAAAACAUCCUUACUAGCUGUGAACUAUCCAUUGACUCUGUUGCUCAAGUGGGAGAGAUUGAGAUGUGAAACGCAAUCGUCAAAUAUCAUGGAUGCGACUGAUGAGAAAACCCAAAGCCCCUUGGAAUCUGAAUUUGAUGCGAGAUCCGUUAUUUGA